CGUAGUGUCAGUGCGCAAAAAAAUUGUUAGAAAACUUAUUACUCGAAUUGUUUUGCAUAUUUAACGCCUUUCGCACUGUUCGCAGUUACAUUUAAUGGCGCGUAUGUUAAAAAAUUAAGACCCACGAUCAAGCAAUGGACAGGUGGGAAAGUUAUUAAAAUAAAGUUAUUUAACGACUUAGACAGACGCGCGGGCCGGGUAAACACAGAAGCGAAAAGUGGCAGCCAAAUUCAGAAGAAAGCUAUGCCGGCAAGUGCAGGCACCACGUAAAUAUAUUUAUUGCACAAAAUUGAACGCACGCGCAUGAUGAAUUCAAGCAAGGAGGCAAAAAGUGCGGCAAAGGCACAAAAAAAGUCACAAAAGGCUAAUAAAAAGCAGCUGCAAAAACAACAACAACAGCAACAACUGACAAAUGGCACUAAAAAUGGAAACGUGAAAUCUCCGCCAACUGCAAAAUCAGCAGCCAAAGUGGCGGCCAGUCAACAAAAUACCAUUAACAACAAUAACAAUAAUAACGAACAAAACCACAACAAUACAAGUAACAACAAUAUUAGUCAAAAGUUUCGAGAGCAUUACGAGGCGGAGCGUCGUGCUCUCAUGAAUUCAUCCUCACCCAAUGUGCUGCCUCGCUACGAGAAUGUUCCCAAAAUGGAGCGCGCUAAUAGCUUCUCGCUGAGGGGUAAAAUCUCCAAGCUGAUGAAUCACAUUACCGGCAGCAAGGAGAAUCUGACCAAAAUGGACGAGGAGAAUACCUUCAAGACGCCUUUCACAUUUACAAGAAGUCGCUCCAUGAUAUUGCUGCGCCGGCCGAACAGGCGAAGUUUUAUCGAGCCCCAGUUGGAGCAGCUGUCCGAGGAGGCGGAAAAGGCCGGUGAGCCCAUUUCCCCGCGAAAGAAUUCACUAGCCGAGACCGCUGAGCAUUCAUCAGCGGUCAGGCUGGCCAACGUUGACGAUGACUGCUCGCCUCAGUUGCGCAGGCGCGCCGACUCUUCGGUAAAUCAGAAGCAGCGCGAAUACAUAACACCCGCUCGCCGCCAAUCGGCACAGCCACUGACCUCCACGCCGCUGGAGGAGACACCCAUGCAGCGUAAGCCCUCGCUGGUGUCGCUGACGAAGAACGAACUGAAUUAUAAUCCGCAAUUAAAUUUCCAAAAACGUCGCUCCAGCACGCUCAUAUCCUCAUUUAAAACCACUUUCGGUCUGAGUGGUGGAAACGGGGGCGAGAAGAAGAAGGAUAAGCUGAAUCCCAAGUGGAGUGCCUCCCUCCAGUCUUUGCAGGCUAUCGAUAAUAUGGUCAGCUAUGCAAACAUGUCCUUCAUUGACUACGACAAGUUUAACGGCUAUGAGAAGCAACUGGAACGCCAGCAGUCAGCCAUGAGUCUGGCCGAGCCACAGAUACCACAAACGCCUCAGUUACCACUGCCUUCAACUGCAAUGCAGUCCCCCAUCUCGCUAUUUGGUGAUGCCAAUGGAGCGAUACAAUCGCCUGCUUCGCCCUCCUAUUCCGCAUCGGCGGAAACGACGCCCAAGACAGUUGUGCGGCGGCGCAAACGCAGCACUAGCUCCCUAAUCGAACGGCCCUUCGCUUCACGCACCAGCCUUAACAGUGGUUAUAAUCUGGAAACAGAUUACGAACACAAUCUGGACAGGGUGCAGAAUGUUUACCGUGACAGUUUGGAUUCACGCACCUUAGAAUUAUUAAACGCGCGGUCACGCAACUCAUACAUUCAGGACCAGAAUUUCGUCAUUGAUUGGCUCAACCUGGAGAAUGGAGCCGUGGCUCGACGAUGUACCCUCUGUGCCCAGCGAAUCGCUAGAAAUAACAGCAUGAGAAAGCAACAGGAUGCAGUAGACGGGCACGGGAAACCCAAAAGACAGUUAAAAUCGAAAAGUCUCACGCACUUGGAUGGCCUCGAUACUGUGGUCGCCUGUCAGCAUGGAACGGCAACCACCGCAUCCAGCUCGGGUGCUCCAGUGAUGGCGUCGGCGAUGAUGGCGGAAUGUCUGGGCAGGCAAGCGAAUAUGGUAUCCAGUUCCGAAUACUUUUCCGUUUGCUUUAACUCAGACACUUCGCAUCCACCGGACGAGGAAUUUAUAAGAGCGGCAAAGGGUGUGACGUUGUUCAAUGCGCUAAACCAGUCUUUACGAAGGCGAAACCUUAGUUUCUCCCAAAUAACCAUAACGGACAACAAUCCUACGCCCAGUUUUUUAGACGCAGGCCCCACGCCGUUGACAAGCUCAUUGGAUGAGAAUACUGACGUAGAGAACUUGGCCGGUCAUCACCUUAUUAUCACGGAACGCGAUAGUAGUCGGAAAACAUUGCAGAAGGCUGCAUCCUUUGGUUCCCGCCAACGUCCACCCCGUCUGCUCUCUUCGGCUUCGACGGAAGAGACCAGCGAAUCAGCGAAUGUGGCAAGCAAGCAGAUCAAACCCCGAUGGUCGUCCAUUUUUGGCGUUAAGAACCCGCAACAAAGUCAGCUUUGCGAGCUGCUCAACAGCUACUCGAAGAGUGGCGUGCCACAACAGCCGGACGCACUAAACUUCCAACAUCCCGACCUGCCUGCCGCUCUCGACUAUCUGAAUCACAUGCACAAGUCCUGGCGAGAUAUUGUGGACAGUGACGGGAUGAGCGACAACGAAAUCAAGAUACAAACUGCAAUAUGGGAGCUGGUCACCACGGAAGUUUACUACAUCCAUGCACUGCAAACGGUUACAGAUCUCUUUCUCGCCUGCCUGGCAGCCGUGCAGGAGGAACGCCUGCUGGCCGACGUCGAUCAGCAUCGACUGUUCUCGAAUGUGCGCGCUGUUUGCGAGGCGAACAUCCGGUUCUGGACGUUGUGGCUCUAUCCAAUGGUGCGGCAUAGCGAGGUAACCCGCGAGCCACUACGUUGUGCCUUCUUUCAGGAGGGCUUUAUAGCGUUCGCCUCGAUAUUUGCCCCAUACAAGAUCUACUGUGCCGAGCAGAGCACCUGCCAGUUCUAUUGCAAGGAGCUGAAUCAAAACAAUCCGCUCUUUACCUCCUACUUGGCAUGGUGUGAGUCUCAAAAGAAAUGCAAUCGACUGCGUCUGGCCGACAUCGUUGUCCGACCCAUGCAGCGACUCACCAAAUACAGCCUGCUCCUGGCAGCCAUAAAAAAGCAUAUGUCCGAUGUGGACGAGAUCGAGGCUAUUGACACCAUGAUACACAGCGUGGAGAACUUUGUUGGCAGUGUGAAUAAUCAUUUGACCAUGCGGCAGGAGAACGAGCGUCUCAAGGGCGUUAUGGCGCGCAUUGAAUCCUACGAUGUUGUGGACACCAACAACGAGUCGCUGGACAAGCUAAUCAAACAGCACAGUCAAAUGUUCGAUUUGUGUGCACCGAUGCGCGGCUGUCCCGUCCAGCAUGUGCGGCAUCUGUUCAUGGAGGGCGAUCACAGGUUCAAGGAUAAUUUGGGGAAGGUCGAUGUGCACUGCUUCCUGCUGACAGACAUGCUGCUCGUGUGCAAGACGAUAGCCAAGAAGGGUCUGGGCGCAUUGAAGGUCAUACGCCAGCCAUACCUGACUGAUCACCUAAUGGUGCACUUGGGGCCCAACAAUACCCUGAACUGCGUCUACCUAAAUGAGUUCCAAGUGGCCACCACAGCGUUUACGCUGCAAUGCACCGAGGCGAAGAACUGGCAUGAUGCCCUGUGGCGGGCCAAGACUAUCUAUCAAAGACUGAAACGUGGAGUUGGAGGCGGUGCCGGCAGCGUGGGCGACAGUUUUAGGUUUGGCGGUAGUGGCGCCAGUGGCGGUACCGCCGACUCUUUAGGCGUUCGCAAAUCGCCAAUGAACUCAUCGAUAUGCAGCCAUGUGUCCAGCGCCAAUAAUAGUCACAGUGGGUCCGUGGAAUGGAACGAUUCCCGGAACAUUUCCGUUGAUUUCGAGAAGACAAACUCGCUGUCCAGCGACGAGGGCUCUAGUCUACUAACGGGUGGUCAUGGCCAGAUGGUGAAGAUGAAGCAACAACAACAGCAGCAACUGCACAAACCCAAGAUCGCAACGAUCGCCACCGGAUCGGGGAACACGUUGUUGGUGCAGCCGAUCAAUCAUUUGGGCCAGAGCCUGCCGAAUCUGAAUUUGCAUCACAGCCAUACUAACCUUUACCAUACUUAUAGUAACAAUACACUGCUCGUGCCGGGCACGACAUCUAGUCACUCGGGCAACUUACUGUUGUCGCCCAGUCAUCGCGGCAUUUCCUAUCCACCGCCGAGCCCAACGAGAGUGCCGCUGCGUCGGGGCAAUGCCUUCUCCACGUCCACAAAGAAUCCACCGCUACUGAAGACACGCAACAUAACCUCACAAAACAGUAUUAAUUGGCACCAGAUACCAGCCACACCCACCCCACCCAGUCCACAGUCGCAGCACAAUUCGCCUGGCAAUGUUGGUGGCGCCUCUAGUCUGCAGAAAUCCUUACCAGCCCUCAUCACCAAUGACAGGGAAGCCCCGGGAGUGGCGAAGCCAUCAUCGAGCAGCCAUCAAACGGUCAUACCUUCUACAUCGAAUCACAAUCUAGCACAGCUACAACGACCAUUGAGUACUGAGACGGAUGUUUGAUGCGGGCACCUUAUCAGCCACAACUACAACAACUACAACAACAACGACUACAACGGUUCCAACAACAAAUAUUUAGCAUUUAGUGAAUAUAAAAUUUAACGCUUAUGGAGAAUUAUGAUUCGGUAAAUCAAACAAUAUAUACUUUCCAACUAACAUAUACUUACCUACAUAUAAAUGUUUAUUAUGAAGGAAAACUGCACUUUUGGGUCCAAACUUAAGUUUGUCUGCAUCUGUGGCUUACAAGCCUGUCUCCAAUCCAUAUGUCCUAAUCCAUAAGUAUUCCUAAAGUCUUUAUUCAAAAUUUAAUAAUAAUUGCGUGUGUCAGAGACACCAAACCACUUGAAAGUAUUGAGUAUGUGUAUAAAUAUAUACAUAAAUAUUUUAAUAUCUGGAUGUAAAUAAAUAC